AUGAGCAUGAGCAGCAACAACCGCUCGAAUUUCGCCUCCUUCGCGGCCUACACCCCACCGCCAGACGAUCCCUCGCACGCCUCGCCGCCCCCGCACGCCUCGACCUCGCGCGCGUGGUUCCCCUCGGGUGGGGCCCCACCCUCCGGUGGCCUCGCGCAGCCGACGUCCUACCAGUCCGGCGGGAUCCCGACGUUCAACACCUCGCAGGCGGGCGGGCUCGGCGCCGUCGAGGAUGCAGACGCGGAGAACUCGACGAGCAUGUGGGAGACCCGGCACGGCUGGCGCGUCGACCUCCUCGCCGCCUCGGCGUACCUGCUGGGUCCCAUCUCCGCGUUCAUCAUCCUUGUGACGGAGACCUACAACGACUUCGUGCGUUUCCAUGCGUACCAGUCGGCCCUCCUGACGACGCCUCUGGUCAUUCUCCGCAUCCUCGCAUCCCUCCUGCAAUUCGCUCCGUUCCUCCGCACCGUUUUCACUUUCCUGAUAAUCGUACCGUCGCUCUACAUGGCAUGGCAAGCAUAUAUCGAUGCAUCUCGUAAUGGCCUAGUACGCUUUCAGAUACCCUUUAUCGGUCCGCUUGCAGAACGAUGGGUCUACGAAGAGUGA